CACAAUUCCAGCAACUUGCGCGCUAGUGACCUGCUUACGCCACACAUUGACCACGCGACAUGAUAUAGACGUUCCUCAACCAGCUCCACCUCGAUUCACGACCUCACGACUAUGGCACCCUCCGCGAUCAGCGAUGCGCCGGUUACCUCAGGGCGCAACUCCCCCAAGCCUCCGCCAGCGCGCAUCUGGAACGUGAGCGAGCCGCCUUUCGAGGGCUACAGACCAGUCGACAACGAGGGCUAUGCGCGCAGCAAUCACGAUACAGCGAUCAUCAUCGACAAUGGGUCGUCAGCAGUACGCGCAGGAUGGUCUUUCGACUCAAAACCGCGUCUCUCAGUGCUACCAAAUAUGGCGCGGUAUAGGGAUCGCAAGCUCAACCGCACAUUUACCUUCAUAGGCUCAGACGUCUACUCAGAUGGCACCGCGCGCGGGCAAUCGAAGCCUAUAUACGAACCUGGAGGCAACAUCAUAAAUAACUGGGACGCUAUGGAGGGCGUGCUGGACUACUGCUUUGUCAAGAUGGGUAUUGAUGGGCGGUCAGGGAGUAUAGACAGACCCAUCGUCAUGACCGAGCCUGUCGCCAACUUGGGCUACACGAGAAAGACCAUGUCCGAAAUUCUGUUCGAAUGCUAUGGCGCGCCUUCCGUCGCAUACGGCGUCGACUCGCUCUUCUCCUACUCGUACAACGGCGGUCGCAACGGCUUGGUCGUCGAUUCCUCCUAUACCUCGACCCACCUGAUACCCGUUGUCGACGCCAAACCGCUCCUUUCACAAGCCACACGACUCAAUUGGGGGCGUUUCCAGUCUGCGCAAUACCUGCUGAAGCUGUUGAGGCUGAAGUACCCUUCGUUCCCCGGCAAGAUCAGCGACACUCAGGCCGAGGAUCUGGUCAGAGAGCACUGUUAUGUAUCACAGAACUACGAAGAGGAGCUCAGCCGCUAUCUGGACUGGACAGGGCUGGAAGACCGCGACCACAUCAUUCAGGCGCCAUACAUCGAGCAGGUUGUCGUUCAGAAGACAGAGGAAGAGCUAGCAAUAGCAGCUGAGAAGCGCAAAGAGAGUGGAAGACGAUUACAAGCCCAAGCCGCCAAGAUGCGGCUGGAGAAGCUCAAGAAGAAAGAGGAGGAAUUCGAGUACUACGUACAACUACAGGCGCAACUACAAGAAAUCACCACAAAGAAGGAGAAGGCACGGGUGCUCGAGUCCAAUGACUUCGACGACGAGGGCCAGCUCGACAAGAGGGUCAAGGAGCUGGAGAAGUCAAUCAAGAAGACACGAAACAAGGACCUCGGCGACGACGCUGAAGAAGAGCAGCAAGAAGAGCCCACCUUCCCCCUCCUUGAAGUACCUGACGACCAGCUCGACGAAGAAGGCAUCAAGCAGAAACGGCAACAACGACUGAUGAAGUCCAAUUACGAUGCACGUCUGCGCGCGCGAGUCGAGAAGGAGAAAGAGAAGGCUCGUCAGGCAGAGGAACAACGUCUUGACGACGAGCGACGAGAAACCGACCCAGAAGGCUGGAUUGGCGAGCGCCGCAUAGCCCGCCAAGCCAUCGUGCAAAAGAUCAAGGAUCGUGAGCGCCUCAAGGCGGAGCUGGGCAACCGCAAGAGUCUUGCAAAUCAGAUGCGUAUGAAGUCUAUUGCCAACCUCGCUUCCGAUGCACCGUCCAAGAAGCGCCGCCGUGGCGGCGGGGAUGACGAUACUUUUGGUGCUGACGAUGCGGAUUGGGGUGUAUACCGUACGAUCGCGACGGGCGAGGGGUCAGAUGAUGAAGAGGAGGAAGAUUUGACCAAAUCUCUGAAAGACAUCGAAGCACAGCUGCUCAUGCAUGACCCGAACUUCACAGAAGAGUCAACAAGAGAAGCGCAGACAGACUGGACGAAGAGCGUGCUGCAUGCUUUUUUCCACGGCCCGUACCCAUACGAUUCCGAGUCCCAGCGCGAAGCACAUCAACUCCAUCUCAACGUGGAGCGUAUCCGUGUCCCUGAGGUCGUGUUCCAGCCCUCCAUCGCUGGACUCGAUCAAGCAGGCAUCAUCGAGAUUGCAUCCACGAUCCUCACCGAGCGACUUGCGAACAACCCCCGCCGCGAUGAUGUGCUAAAUGACAUCUUCCUGACUGGUGGCAACACACUGUUCCAGGGCUUUGAGGAGAGGCUGAGAAACGAGUUGAGGGCUGUGCUUCCUGCUGAGCAAAGUAUGAAGGUCAGGAGAGCAAAGGACUGCGUCCUCGACAGCUGGCGAGGUGCGGCUCGGUGGGGAGGCAAAAAAGAGAAUAGGCGCAACUUCAUCACCAAAGCGGAAUGGGCUGAGAAGGGUGGGGAGUAUAUCAAGGAGCAUGAUUUGGGCAAUGCUCUUGGAUAAGAUAUGUUCUAUUUGUAAGAGUAUUCUAGAACGAGGAUUGGGAUGAGGCGUUGAUUGGCUUGGUCGAGAUGGACAUUUGACACCUUACAGAGACAGCAAGGCGCUGCAUUCGAAUUUUACAUUACUUCGCACGUGGAGACGAAACAC